UCUAGGAAUGUUGUACUUGACUGCUCCCACAAAACAGCAGAUUGUGAAGGAGCUGAGGGUGUGCAUGAUGCAGCAGACCCCAGGAAUCAGGACGUUCCAGCUGCAGAGAGGCUCGCCAGAUGUGCACUCUCUUGGUGAAAAGGCUAAUGGACAUCUCUUGCUUUCUUCCAGGAUGGUGCCCACAGUGGCCAUUGUCCUCCUCCUCUGCCUGGCCUUUGGAACUUGCCAGAACCCGCCCACCUGCACAGGGGCCUACGACUGCCCCAAGGCCCACCAGGAAGUCUACACCAAACUAAGGGACGUGACGGAGAUCCCAAAGAUCGCCAGCACCAUCAUCACCGAAAUGAUCUUUGUGGAAACCAGCCUAACACAGAUCAAGAGCGGAGCCUUCCGGAACAUGCCUGGCCUGCAGAAAGUCCUGUUCAUGGGCAACAAGAUCAAAACUGUAGAGGUGGGGGCCUUUGAUAACUUGGAGAAACUGGAUGAGCUGGAAAUCACGCAGGCUGAGCUGGGCGACCUCCCUGUGGGCACCUUCCGCUCUCUUCCUCGCUUGCAGAAGCUGAAUCUGCGGGACUCUCAGAUUAAGGGCCUCCAGAAAGGACUCUUUGAGGAUCUCGGGGAGCUGGAGGAGAUCUACCUGCAUAUGAACGAGAUCCCUUCUCUCCCUGAAGGUGUCUUUGAUGGGCUCUCCAACCUGACCUUUUUGCACCUGGCCAGGAACAAGAUCACUACCAUCCCAGAGGACGUCUUCAAGGAACUUUCUCGGCUGAAGGUCCUCCGGCUGUACGAGAACGAGAUUGGAGACCUCCCGGAGGGGAGCCUGGACAGCCAGCAGGACCUGACGGAGCUCGCCCUCCAGAAGAACAAGAUUCGCACGCUGCCUCCCAGGGUGCUGAGGAACAAGCCCAACCUGGAGAAGCUUUUCCUGGAGCACAACCUCUUGGAGACCCUCCCGGAUGAGGCCUUCUUCGGACUGAGGAAGCUGAAGCAGCUGACCCUGGCUUCCAACCGGCUGAAAGGUCUCCCCAGCCGGCUCUUUGGGCAGAUGCCUUUGCUCACCCAGCUGGACCUGAGCAAGAACGCUUUGCAGGCUCUUCCAGCGGGGGUCUUUGCCAACCUCACGGGGCUCACAAAGCUCACCUUGUCCCACAACCAGCUGGCAGGCCUCCCUCUCGGUGUUCUAACAGGCCUCCGCAAACUCUCUGAGCUCAACGUGGAGGCAAACAAGCUCUCGUCUCUGGAGGGUCUCCUGCCCCCUUCCCUCCCGGGGCUGAAGACCCUGAGGCUCCGCCAGAACCAGCUGGAGACCAUCCCUCCGGGCCUCUUGGACAGCUUCACCAAGCUCACCUCCCUGUAUCUCGGGGAGAAUCCGUGGAGGUGUGACUGCCUCCUUCUCUACCUCCACCGAUGGAUGAGCAGCAAUCCCCAAAAAGUGAAGGACGCCACAAAGGUCAUGUGCGGAAGCCCCAGGGAUCUGCAGGGCAAAGCAGUCAGUUCCUUGGCGGAAGAUCAGCUGGUUUGCCCAACGACUCUGCCCAUUUCAAGCAGCGCUCUGCCCACAACCACUUUCCCUCCUCUUGUCACAGCAAGGAUGAGCACAACACUCCCCCCAUCUCCUAAAAAAGCCACCGUUGCUGCAACCACCUCCGCUUCUGAGGCUGCCACCACCACAAAUGCAGCCACAACCCUCCGAACCACAGAGGCUCUGACCUCAACUCCUCAAAUCACCACCUCUGAGAGUCUCACGGAAACCUCACAGACCAUGACCACCAGCGAUCCGGCAGGUGCCAUCCCCCUGGCGUGCGACCGCGACGCUUGCCGCCAGCUUAGCCUGAGUCUCCCGCCGGGAGAGAGCCUGCAGGAGGCAGGGCAGAGUUUCAGCAAGGACUGGAUCCUGGACUCGGGCUGCGGCGCCGUGAGGGUCCGGGUGGCUGUGAGCAUUGAGCCCCUGCCCGGAGGGGAGGCGGUGGCAGCCCCCUCGGAAAAUUCCUGCAGAACAGGCAGACCUGCCCAACAUCUGCGCAGGGCAGAUCUUCGCCUCCCGGGCGCUGGAUGCCUCCCUCAGAUAAGGCUGGAGGCGCUUCGCUCGGCAGCCUGUGCACGACUCUCCCGGCUCAGCAAAAUGCCCGGCAACCGACUUUGGAUGGUGCCCACAGUGGCCAUUGUCCUCCUCCUCUGCCUGGCCUUUGGAACUUGCCAGAACCCGCCCACCUGCACAGGGGCCUACGACUGCCCCAAGGCCCACCAGGAAGUCUACACCAAACUAAGGGACGUGACGGAGAUCCCAAAGAUCGCCAGCACCAUCAUCACCGAAAUGAUCUUUGUGGAAACCAGCCUAACACAGAUCAAGAGCGGAGCCUUCCGGAACAUGCCUGGCCUGCAGAAAGUCCUGUUCAUGGGCAACAAGAUCAAAACUGUAGAGGUGGGGGCCUUUGAUAACUUGGAGAAACUGGAUGAGCUGGAAAUCACGCAGGCUGAGCUGGGCGACCUCCCUGUGGGCACCUUCCGCUCUCUUCCUCGCUUGCAGAAGCUGAAUCUGCGGGACUCUCAGAUUAAGGGCCUCCAGAAAGGACUCUUUGAGGAUCUCGGGGAGCUGGAGGAGAUCUACCUGCAUAUGAACGAGAUCCCUUCUCUCCCUGAAGGUGUCUUUGAUGGGCUCUCCAACCUGACCUUUUUGCACCUGGCCAGGAACAAGAUCACUACCAUCCCAGAGGACGUCUUCAAGGAACUUUCUCGGCUGAAGGUCCUCCGGCUGUACGAGAACGAGAUUGGAGACCUCCCGGAGGGGAGCCUGGACAGCCAGCAGGACCUGACGGAGCUCGCCCUCCAGAAGAACAAGAUUCGCACGCUGCCUCCCAGGGUGCUGAGGAACAAGCCCAACCUGGAGAAGCUUUUCCUGGAGCACAACCUCUUGGAGACCCUCCCGGAUGAGGCCUUCUUCGGGCUGAGGAAGCUGAAGCAGCUGACCCUGGCUUCCAACCGGCUGAAAGGUCUCCCUGGCCGGCUCUUUGGGCAGAUGCCUUUGCUCGCCCAUCUGGACCUGAGCAAGAACGCUUUGCAGGCUCUUCCAGCGGGGGUCUUUGCCAACCUCACGGGGCUCACAAAGCUCACCUUGUCCCACAACCAGCUGCCAGGCCUCCCUCUCGGUGUUCUAACAGGCCUCCGCAAACUCUCUGAGCUCAACGUGGAGGCAAACAAGCUCUCGUCUCUGGAGGGUCUCCUGCCCCCUUCCCUCCCGGGGCUGAAGACCCUGAGGCUCCGCCAGAACCAGCUGGAGACCAUCCCUCCGGGCCUCUUGGACAGCUUCACCAAGCUCACCUCCCUGUAUCUCGGGGAGAAUCCGUGGAGGUGUGACUGCCUCCUUCUCUACCUCCACCGAUGGAUGAGCAGCAAUCCCAAAAAAGUGAAGGACGCCACAAAGGUCAUGUGCGGAAGCCCCAGGGAUCUGCAGGGCAAAGCAGUCAGUUCCUUGGCGGAAGAUCAGCUGGUUUGCCCAACGACUCUGCCCAUUUCAAGCAGCGCUCUGCCCAUAACCACUUUCCCUCCUCCUGCCACAACAAGGAUGAGCACAACACUCCCCCCAUCUCCUAAAAAAGCCACCGUUGCUGCAACCACCUCCGUUUCUGAGGCUGCCACCACCACAAAUGCAGCCACAACCCUCCGAACCACAGAGGCUCUGACCUCAACUCCUCAAAUCACCACCUCUGAGAGUCUCACGGAAACCUCACAGACCAUGACCACCAGCGGGACAUCCUCUCAAACCACCAGCACCACCAGCACAGGGGCUCCAACUCCUCACAUCUUCACCAUCACCACUCCAAGUCCCACCUCAGCCGAGACAAGCCCUGAAAUUUCCACCACCGCUGAGAUCUCAAGCACAACCUCUGUGUCCAUCACAACCCCGGCCACAACCCCCGAGGCAGCCACGACCAUCGCUCACCUGCCACCCACAACCUCUCAGAUCACAACGACAACAAAGGUUCAGACCACGGCCCCUGAAAUUACCAGUGCCAGGACUGCGGCUGCCACAGCUGGCUUCACAACUGGGAUGUCACACACCACCCCUUCUGGUGCCACCACAACCGCUCAGAUCUCCACAACCAUUGGCAGGACAACCACCGCAACUUCUGAUGCCUCCACAAGCCGCCCUGGUACAUCAGCCACCACACCUGUGCUUCCUGGGACAACCAGCAAGGCAGUCGCCACCACACCUUCACCGCUUGAGACCAACCCUACGGAGACAUUCUCUUCGGUGGCGGCUUCCACAAUGUGCCUUGGCAACGUCAGUCUUCCAGGUGGAUGGAGGUCCGGGUCUUUGUCUCCAGAACCGACAGCCAGGCUGGACCCGACUACACGUCCUGAGACGCCCCCGUCGCCCACCUCUGCUGUGACACAGGCUCCCCUGCCCACCACUGGCUGGGUGACAACCUCUCCAGCUGCUGCCAGCUGCACCUUUUGCUCUUCGGCUGUCACGCCAGCCAGGGCUUCCCUUCCUCCGAGCCCAAGGCCCAGCCGUCCAGCCAGCCCCCCUCAGCCUCUGUCCCAGAAAAUCCAGGCCUGGGGCUCUUCGCUGAGUUCCAACUACCGGUACUGCAAGCUGUCUGCGAUGAUGUAUUUGUCCAUGCUGUGUCUUGAAAUCUGCUGCACCGCUGCCUUGGCCAGGUGUGUGUACGCCCUGCACAGAGCCACGCGUUCCAUGGACUCGCCCACUGUGCCGGUCAAGCUGGUGAAGGUGAAGCCCAGAAGGAUGAAGCUGUGAUGGUUUGGCCACAGGAGAGACCUUCACAGGAUGCUAGGGCUGUCAGGGAGUCCAGGGGUCAUCUCGCUCAAGCCCCUGCAAUGCAGGAAUCGCAGCUAGAGAAUUCCUGACAGGUGGUCCUCCAAGCUCUGUUUAGAAACCUCCAAUGGAUCCUAGAUUGGCAGAGUUGGAAGGGAUCCCCAGUGGUCAUCUAGCCCAACCCCAUGUGUGGUGUUAGUACGGAGCACCCAGUCGUCUCAUGGACUAUUGACCUGUACACCACUAAUCCACUGGAACCAACCAGGUCCUCCCUGGUAAAAUCACAUCAGUCUCAGUCAGCUUUUCAAUUACCAAUAAAGAAGAGUGUAUUUUAUUUCAGAGAUAAAACAAAACUUUUGCCGCAUUCCAAACGGUGUUCCUCUUUACUUUCUUAGUCUUAUGUUCCUCUCUCUACCUCUGCUACCUCCCCACACUCAAGGACCAAUUGCCCUAACUGUCUCUCUAUUACCAACUGCCUUUCCCAACCAGCCAACCCAUGAAAGCCAACCAACUGCCCACCCACAACUCCCAACGAACUCCUCUCAGAACUCUUCCCAGAACUAGUUUUAUAGACCCACUGACUCUAUCCCCCUGGGUCCUGUGCAACCUAUUUAACUAUUUCCCCUCCAGCACUCUCUCUUAUAUGUUAACGUCAUACCAUGCAAUGGAGGAAUCAUGGCAAAUUAAAUGAGGGAGGUGAAGCAGCAGGGGUGGAUUUACACACAGGGGGAAAUGCCAUAAGUCAGUCAGAAAUUAAAUUCUUACCAAAAAAAAAAAAAAAGCUAUGUAAAUAUCACAUAGAAAUAGUUUGCUCUCUGGUGCCAUCUGGUGUCGCAUGUUUAUAACGCAUUCAAAAUGUUGUUUUUCCUAGUGUAGCUGAGUCCUAGGGGUCUCCCUCACCAGUGUAACAAUUUGCUUAAAUCGUAGGCUUAUCUUAGGUAUGACUAUUGAAAUAAAAAAUUAAGGUCUUAUAUAUAUUUGCCAGGCAAACACGUACAUAAAUGUAUGGGCCACAUGUCUGA